CCGGAUAUAUUCUCCGAACACACGGUUCUUCCGCUUGAAGAGUCCGGAACUUUCAGAGGAGCGGACCUGAAGAAAAUCUUUAUUCAAACCGAAUCUUUAUUUAAACUGAAUCUUUAUUUAAACCGAAUCUUUAUUUAAACGGAAUCUUUAUUUAAACCGACUCGUUUCUUCGAUGACAGAACCAGCGGCUGAUUCCAGGACGGAGCUUUCAUCUUUACUUCAUGACCUUCAUCUCAUCUCCUCAGAGAAGCCCCUCCCCCCUCCUCCUCUCCCUCCAAUCACAGAACUCCUGGCUCGGCUGAAGGAGAAGCUGAUUGGUGCGUCCUCGGACUCUGAGACAAGCUCCCUGAUUGGUCAUGUGGAGCGACUCUUUCAGACGGCAGAUCCUGAUUGGCUGUUCUCCCUGACUUCAGUCAAUGAGGGGGGUCGUCAGGAGGAGCUUCAAGCUGCGUACAGGUCUCUGGUCUGCGCUCUGAUUGGCUGUGCAGAUCUGCCGCUCUGUGGGGAUGAGUGCAGCUCUCUAACGCCGGCGGCCUAUCAGAGUGUCCCGAUCCGAGCUGUCCCAGUUUGCUCGGCGCUCCGAGCACUGCUGGGAGCUCUGGGAAACUGGGAGGAGACCGGUCUGCUAUGGAGUGUGGCGCCCCCUGUGUGUGUGUUUGCUGUGACGCAUUUCCAGGAUCAGGUCUGGACCAACCCCCCCUCCAGAGCAGCUGCACGGAGCCUGCAGGAGGCGCUGCUGAGGGCAGGUGGCUGGAGAGACUCCACCCACCUCCUGGUGGGAGAUGGCAGACAAAGGGAGGAGGGGGAGGAAGGAGGGAAGAGCAGAGGAAUUCUGGGAGGAGUCCUGGAUGUCCUGCAGCCGCAACUCACAAAGGACUCGUGGCAGAGGUGUGAAGCGGUGAAGCUGGUGUUUGCCUGGACUCUCUUGCAGCUCGCUCGCCCCUCUCUCUCCCCUCACCUGCCUCGCCUCCUCCCCCCGCCCCUCCUCUUCAAUGACCACUACAGACCAGAGAACUGCAUGCUGGGAGCACGCUGUCUGCACCACAUCAUACUCAACACG